GACUGGUUUAAAGGCGGAAGAGGGAACGGAGCGGCGGCCCGAGUAGCGCAGGUUUAGUCCUCCCUGAGUGGUGGAAGCACUGCUUUAUUUGUUGCCGCUCCUCUCCGGUGGAGGGAACAUGGGUCGGGGCCAGAGGCCGGCGGCGCGCCCGGCUCUGCUGCAGCUCCUGCUGCUCCCGCUGCUCCUGCCAGGAUGCUCCGCAGAACCCAAGCGCUACGAACCCACCUGGGAGUCGCUGGACGCCCGCGAGCUCCCCGCUUGGUUCGAUGAGGCUAAGUUCGGGAUCUUCAUUCACUGGGGCGUAUAUACCGUGCCCGGCUUCGGAAGCGAGUGGUUCUGGUGGUAUUGGAGACAGUUAAAAUUACCAGAGUUUGUAGCCUUUAUGAAGGCUAACUAUCCCCCUGGAUUCACAUAUGAAGAAUUUGCAGUGGAAUUUAAAGGAACAUUUUUUAAUGCCAGCACCUGGGCAGAUAUCUUGGUGUCCUCGGGUGCCAAGUACGUUGUUUUAACUACCAAACAUCAUGAAGGUUUCAGUCUCUGGAAAUCUAAUAAUUCAUGGAACUGGAAUUCUGUUGAUAGGGGGCCAAGAAAGGACAUUGUAAAAGAAAUGGAAGUAGCCAUUAGAAAUAGGACCAAGAUGCACUUUGGCCUGUACUACUCCCUUUUUGAAUGGUUCAACCCCCUUUUCCUUGAGGAUCAAGCUAAUUCUUUCCAGACAAGAUAUUAUCCACCCUCUAAAUGCUGGCCUGAUCUCUAUGAAUUAGUGAACACAUACAAACCUGAGAUUCUUUGGUCCGAUGGUGAUGGAGAUGCACCAGAUACCUACUGGAACAGCACUGGCUUCUUAGCCUGGCUGUAUAAUGACAGCCCAGUUCGGGAUACAGUUGUAACCAAUGAUCGCUGGGGCCUUAAUAACAUCUGCAAGCAUGGUGGCUUCUUUACCUGCAAUGACCGUUACAACCCUGGAUACCUCUUGCCUCACAAGUGGGAAAACUGUUUGACAAUAGACAAGGAAUCUUGGAGUUACAGGAGGGAUGCUAAACUCUCCGACUACCUCACAAUUGAAGAAAUAGUGGAGCAACUAAUGGAAACAGUUUCAUGUGGAGGAAACUUUUUGAUGAAUAUUAGUCCCACAAAAGAUGGCGUUAUUCCUCCAAUAUUUGAAGAACGUUUGAGGCAAAUAGGAACCUGGAUGCAAGUCAAUGGGGAAUCCAUUUAUGGAACCAAACCUUGGCGAGCACAGAAUGACACGAUCACACCAAGAGUCUGGUAUACAUCGAAACCUAAAGAAAAUCUGGUCUAUGCUAUGUUCCUUCAGUGGCCGUCAUCAAGGAUAGUGGUACUUGACCAGCCCAUAGCAACUGUUGGGGCAACAGAAGUGAAAUUACUGGGUUAUGAACAUCCACUUAAAUGGACUUCUUUGCCAAAUCACGGAAUAGUGGUGAAACUUCCAGAGCUAACCGUUGAUGAAAUGCCAUGUAAAUGGGGCUGGUCUCUAGAAAUGAAAAAUGUAAAGUGAAUGAUGCACACUCAUUCUCAAGUUUAAAGUUUGCCUACAUUCUGCUCUUUGUGGAAGAGGAAGCUGCUACAAGUGAACGUAAGGCUUGAAUCCCUUCACGUUCAGGACAAAAAGCAAAAUGGAGAACCAGGAGAAGAGCCAAAGUAAACCAAAGAGUAGAAGUAAUUAUCUGGUUGAUAAGGGUUUGUUUUAACCCUGAAUUUCCCAAUUAAUUGCUUCAGUUUUCUAACAUGCUUGGUCAUCAGAGACUUGCUAGACUUGUUAGAUUUGUGGGGGGGGGGGAGGGAGAGGGGAGGAUUUUAAAGGGGAUAUUUGUUUCCUCAAAUGAACUGGCAAUUGAUAUCCUAGAAAUCAAAUGAUUGUAAUCAUGUACAGGUAAUUUGUUUUGCUUUUCACCAUUUUUUCUUAGCUUUAAUCCUUUGGACAAAGCUCAUCUAGGGCUAAUUUAAGGCCCAACUUCUGACUCUUCUGUUAGAAACCAAGAAGGCUAUUGUUCUGAUGUUGUGAUCAGAAAAAGUAUACUUCAUUCUGACACAGGUUCAUCAUUAACUCAAGAAGAAAAUUAAGAACUUACUACUUUUUGUUGCUGACUGGACUAAAGUGAAUAGCUAGAGAUAAGGCCUCAUUUUGAAUGUUAGAUGUUUUCGAUUUGCCUAUUAUCAAUCAAAUAAAUCAGCUACUGGCUACUUUAUAAUUUGUCUAUCCAGAGUUACUGUAAUGAAAGAACAUUAUUUUGUA